AUGGUUGAUAAAAAAGACUUGACGAAAUACACAACUGAAGAAGUUGCGGCACAUAAUAAUGUCUCUUCUACAUGGAUAAUCAUCGAUAACAAUGUCUACGAUGUAACAAAAUUUUUGGAAGAGCAUCCAGGCGGUGAUGAAGUACUACUGGAGCAAGCUGGACAAAAUGCAACGGAAAGUUUCAAAGAUGUUGGUCAUUCGCGAGAUGCGGUGGAAAUGACUAAAGAAUAUCUGAUUGGUUAUUUAUCCGAUGCGAAUGCAACAGAAGCUGCGGGAGAUAAAACAAAUUCAUCAACCUCACCAACCAUCGCUAAAAACGGUGCAUCAUGGGUAGAUAUCAUAUUCAGUUCAACGUGGAGCAAUUUUCUGAUCCCUUUAGCUAUAUCUGCUGUCGUAUAUCUUCUCUAUCGAGGCAUAAAAACUGCUUUUUGA